AUGUCCGUUGCACCAUCCUCUCCUGUUAACGUUCCUACACCUCCUUAUACACCUGAUCACAUACUCGCUCCUGUUACAGUUCCUGUCGAUUCACCUCCAGUUGCACCACCCAACACACAGACUCCACCUUCAGUCUUAAAGAGUGAGACGGAUGCUAGACGACCUCCACCACCUUCGUAUCCCCCACCAGUCAUUCCACCACCACCAUCAUCUCCUCCUCCAGUGACUUCAUCUCCUGUUCAUGUUCCCGUUGAGGGUCAGGCUGCUCGGUUUCUGACUGUAGAGCAGCAGAAGAUAAUGCCACCCAUACGUAGCACAAACCCCAAUACGUUACCGAGAACUGAGGCUGAACUCAAUGAGCGCAUAUCCCGGGCUAUAGUGCAGAAUGAAGCCCUCUGCUCUGAACACAGCGGUGGCACUUCAGGAAACAAUCCUCCCACUGGCUGCACCUAUAAACAGUUCCUAGACUGUAAUCCCUUGAAUUUUGAUGGCACAAGAGGUGCCGCUGCUUUCAUCCGAUGGGUUGAAAAGACUAACUUAGUUCUGAGAAUGAGUAAAUGUUCGCCUGAGCAGAGAGUCACCUAUAUUUCAAGAUUAUUCAUGGAUGGUGCACUCUCUUGGUGGAACCUUCAGGUUCAAACCCUAGGUGAAGCCGCUGCUUAUGCACUGAGCUGGGACGAGCUCAAAGAGUUGAUGCGAAAGAAAUAUUGUUCCAGGGUUGAAAACCAGAAGCUUGAGACCGAGUUCUGGAAUUUGAAAAUGGAUGGGCCAAAGAUUUCUGAGUACAUCCAACGUUUCCAUGACUUAUCUAGGGUUGUUCCCUAUUUAGUUGAGGCUGAAUUCAAGAGAAUCGAACGAUUCAUUUGGUGA